AUGGAAAUCAAUAUCUUAAAUUGUCGUUUAUCUAAUAGAAUUUCCAACAAUGAAUAUGAUUUUCUUCUUUUCUUAAAAGAUGCUUCUUCCUUUUCUUUUCUAUUAGACCAGAACCAUUGGCCUGAUACGUUUGGUGAUGUUAACUAUACUUUUCCAUCUUCUCCUUCUAUUCCACCACAAUUAUCAUUGCUAGUUAAAAAUGUAGAUCUUCGUUUGGAUUUCAAUGAAUUUUCUCAAGAAAUUAAAACACGUUAUCCACAAGUUAAAAAUGUUAUUAGAUUAAAAAACAAAUUUAACAAUGAUAUUAAAUUAGUUAAACUUGAAUUAUCUUCGUCUACUUUACGUGAGGAAUUAUUAACCAAAAGAAAAAUUACUGUUGGUUAUAUAGUCUAUGACAUUGAUGAGUAUUUAGCACCUGCAUAUAUUUUAAUUUGCUCUAAAUGCAUGGGUUUAGGGCACUUUAUGAAGCAAUGUACUCAGGUCAAAAGUACUUGUCGUACGUGUGGUGAAUGUGCUGAUGAUUUAAAAUUACAUAUUUGCUCUAAAAUUGAAAAAUGUGUUCAUUGUGGUCAAAACCACAAGUCAAACUCUCUUAGAUGCCAUGUAGUUAAAUCGUUUAAAUCUGAAUUAACACGUAAACUAUUAUCUUCCAAUAAUCGUUCAUCCUCGUCCAGCACCAACACCUUAAACAACAUGAACAACUCAAAUUUCAAAUAUUUAAGUUCUGAUUUUCCACCAAUGCCUAUGCCUCAAUUUUUACCAACUAAUCCUAAUAAUACUAUGUUAACUAAAUUAGAUGAUUUACUGGGAAAAAUAACAGAAGUAAAUAAUCAUCUUUCAAAUCUUGAAUUAAAGUAUAAUAGAUUCGAGCAAUUUAUGACUGAAAAAAAAGAAAAUGAUUUACUUGUUAAAGAAAAUUUAAAUUUACUUUCUGAACAAUCUGUUGAAUUUCAAAAAGAUUUGGUACAUCAUAGUCUUCUAAUUGAACGACAUGAAAACUUAUUCAUGAAAUUAAUUAUCCCAAUGUUUGAAGAUCUAUUUGGUUUGAUUGCAUCACAAAAUCAGGACAAAAAAGGAAAUAUACUUGAUCCUGAUCUUAAACUUAAACUUGAACGUUAUCUUAUUCAAAUGAAGAAAAUAAAAGAAGGUAAAUAUUCUAUCAACUAA